UCUGUGGGCGUUUCUAAAGGGGCCCUGCUCAGAUAAAUGAGUGUUUUCCCUCCUCCUUUCCCAGUUUCGGAGACUAUUUUUUUUAAUCGCUACAACCGUUUCAGUACAAAAAAAAACACGAUGGCAAAUGAAGCCAGGCCCUGCCCUUGUGACAUUGGGGACAGGAUGGAAUAUGGCAGUCUCGGUGAAGAGGUUCAGAUUGAGCAUGUUAAAGCUUAUGUGGUAAAACCUAAAGCACCAACAGACAAAGCGGUCAUUGUAAUUCAGGACAUUUUUGGAUGGCAGCUCCCCAAUACGCGAUACAUGGCUGACAUGCUCGCUUCAAAUGGAUAUGUUGCUGUUUGCCCUGACUUCUUUCUUGGAAAGGAGCCAUGGUGUCCUUCAAGUGACUGGUCAACGUUUCAGGAUUGGCUUGAGGACAAAAAACCCACCAAUAUCAACAAGGAGGUGGAUGUGGUUUUGAAAUACCUCAAGGAACAACGUGGAGCUAAAAGGAUCGGAGUUGUGGGUUUCUGUUGGGGUGGCGUGGCCACACACUACAUAGCUCUCCAAUAUCCUGAAGUCAAGGCUGGAGUGUCAGUCUACGGGAUCAUUCGUGCGAGAGAGGAUUGUUAUGAACUCAAAAGUCCGACGCUCUUCAUCUUUGGUGAAAACGACACCGUGAUACCACUUGACCAGGUGACAACACUUGAGGAAAAACUGAAGGACGAGUGCACUGUCGACUUCAAGGUGAAGGUUUUCCCCAAUCAAAGUCACGGAUUUGUGCACCGUAAACGAGAAGACGUCAAUCCGUCGGACAAACCGUACAUUCAGGAGGCCAGGGAGGACAUGAUUAACUGGUUAAAUAAGUACAUGUAAAAUUAAUCCGGUGCAAAUUAUUAGGUUUCACUUAAAUGCUUCCAAAAGGGACAAUCUUACCCCCAAUGUUGAUGAUGAUCCAAGACCUGAUUGGUGUCUAAAGGUGAGGCUGCUGUGGUGUAAUACAUGAUUUAAAUCAUCACACUCUCCUUAAAAGAAAUUACCUGGCUUUGUACUAGCAGUUGUACAUAAAGGUUUCUUAAAAUA